AUGUUGAAGAACUGCAUGCAAGCAUUCCUCCUUACCCUCUGGGCCUCACACACUUGUGCCAAAGCCUUGGAGGCCCCCAUUCCAGGCUACGGCGUCUUCCUUCCGCGAUGGGAGAUCACCGGUCCAGACGGUAAGAACCUCGUGCUCCGCGGCACGGUCGAGGAAGUCGCCGGCCAGCUCCGCAGCAUGAACCCGGACUGGGAUCACAAAGCCGCCGCCCGCAACCUCCAGGACCGCGCUGUCUUUGACGACAAGUCGAAUACGCUCUGUCACAACUUUCGCGAGGGCAACCGCUCGGCUGCCACGCUGGAUAUUGACUACCUUCGCUCCGUGCCUGGGAAGCCACUCAAUGGAGCCGGCCCGGCCAAUUGCCCUAAGGAGCUCACCUCCUUCGCCGACAUUGCAGACGGCGCCAGCCGCGUCUUGAGCGUCUGCACGGACAAGUUGGACGCCAACCAGGGAGAAGCAAUGACCGUCAGCGGCCAAGCCUUCCAUCCGGAAAACUGGAACGUGGUCAUUCGGGGUGGUGACGAUUGUUCUAACUCUGGCCAGAACAUCUCAGCCAGAGGACUGAAACUGUCUCGAUUCCUCAAGUUUUUGUGA